ACUGCCUUUCUCAGUGACACCUGUAUUGUUUCAGGUUUUUUACAGCUAAAAGUUGGUUCUAGUGGUUGCAGCUAUCCUAGCGAUUCGAUCAAGGAUCUGGUUCUCCUACUAAGACAUUCUGAUCUGCGGCUGCAGGUUGCGCAUCAGAAAGACAGAGAGGCUGCACCUGCGCAGCUACCAAGAGUGACAUCCACUCAUCCACUAUAAAUCUCUGACCGUUACCUUUCCUGAGCUGCUUCUAGGGGAAUUAGCUUGGCUUCUGCGCUGCCUUGCAGGCCAUGGAGCCGGACAGAGGCCUAAUUGCCUGCGAGGAGCCGUCUCCAGAGCCUACGGACCUGCUCUCGAGCGCGUGGUGCAGCUCGGCCAUCCAAGUUCUUCAGACAGGACCGAAGGAGUGCUCGAUGGCGCUGGUGGAGCAUCCGGUCAUGUCGCUUGAUAAUGACCGGAAAGACCUGUUGUCAAAAAGUAAUCGUAGCUUGGUGGUUGACAAGAGCAGUUUCAGCACUGCCCAAUGGAAAUAUGACGAUCUGAAGUCAUGGAUAUGGCUGCAGAAGGCAAUUCAUCCCGAACUGGAUUAUGAUCUCUGUCUCAAGAAGAAAUGGCUCCCGCGCAAGAUGGCUCCAUGGAACGGCAUCUCGCUCAAGAAGUGGGUCAAGGAGCGGAAGCAGAAGCGCAAGGAGGAGGCGCGCCUGCAGCGGGCGGAGAUCCACGCCGCCGUGUCCGUGGCCAGCGUCGCGGCCGCGCUCGCCGCCAUCGCCGCGGAGAGCGCCGCGCCGCCGGGCGCGGCGGGGAUGAGGGAGACGGCGGUGGCGUCCGCGGCCGCGCUCGUGGCGGCGCAGUGCGCGAAGGUGGCCGAGGCCGCGGGCGCCACGCGCGACCAGGUCGCGGCGGCCGUCGACGCCGCCAGGGCUUCCACGGACGCCAGCAACGUCAUCACGCUCACCGCGGCCGCCGCCACAUCGCUGCGGGGCGCUGCGACGCUGAGAGGACGGCGCAGCAGCAGCGGCGGGCAUGGCCAGAGCGAGAGAGGGGACCACGCGGGCUCGGCGCGGUCGCAGGACGACCUCGACUUCGACUUCAACCACGCGAGGUCCCGGGCGGCGCUGGUCAAGGGCGACGAGCUGUUCGUCGCGAUGCCGGACGGAAAAUGGAAGCUCCACACGGUGUCCGCGGCGACGAACAAGCGCGGCGAGAUCGUGCUCCGGAUCAAGAAGACGAAUCUGGUCAUGGCCUUCUCCCACGCGAAAGAAAGCGUGAUCCGCGACGUGCGGCCGUGCGCCCCGGAGAAGCCGAGCCCCGACGACGGCGCGACGUACCCGGUGGAGGUGUGGACGAGCAAGGGCAAGGUGGAGCUCCGCGCCGACGACUACGGCGUGUACAAGAGGUGGGUGGCCACGCUCAGCCACAUGCUCGUGAUGUCCACCGCCGUGGUCUCCGCCAGGCACGAACCGCCACGCCGGGUCUAACCGAUCGCCCCGCCGGCCGCCGGCACCGCGCACGUACGGGCACGGCACGCGGGGGUCGAUCCCCCCAAGCUAAGGCAGACACGAACGACCUCCGAGUCGACUGCCGCACGUGUAUCUUUGCCGUUGUAUCAGUAUACAGUGUAUUUACCAGCACCUGUACUGUAUGUACAUCUUUUUUUUUUCUUUUUGGAAAAAAAAACCUGAACUACAUUGUAGUGGGGCACUACCCGUUUGGCGAACGGUUUAUACCAAUGAAGGAUCAUGGACAAAAGAAAAGAGACAUGUUAAUGAC